UCAGCCACACCACUGCAGGGCCAAAUUAAAAAGACUUGAAUCAACCCCAGCACUAUACUGCUGUUAGUUCAUGUGGAGUUUUUGCUGCGAGCUGCUCUCUCUCUCUAUCCCCCUCUCUCUCUCUGCUCCCUGGUGCUGUUCAGAGAGAGGGAUGGUGCGCGGCAGUUAGGACUGAUCUUUGCAGCUGCUCAGAAUUCCUUUUUUUCUUCGUGGAUCUGCACCAGUCGCUCUGUGGACCCCUUUCUGCAACAUGCGUGCAAUCUCAUAGGAGUUUGCGUGCGUGUAUGUGUGUGCACAGCUGUGUACGCGUGUCUGCAUUUGUGUGUGUGUGUGUGUGUGCACGGCUGCGCAUGUGUGUGUGUGUGCGUGUGGCGUGCCCCGAGGAGGGUGCCCCUGCUGAAGUUUAGCAGAAGACCGGCAAGUGCGAAUUGUGGAUUUGUGUGUGCACCAUGCACCUCCGGACCUGGCUUUUUAAUGCUAAAUUUUCCUCUCCACCAGCGAAUGGAAGAAUGAUGGCAUGGCUGUAAAUAUGGGCCAGUGGGCAGGCAUGCGGACAGUUCUUUGCCUGGCCCUCCUGCUCCUUCAGCUUCUCUCCUGUUGUUGCCAAGGCCUGCAGGAGCCUGGAGCCAUCCCCCGCUUCCUUUUCACGCAUCCUCUCUACAAUGCCUCUGUCUAUGAGAACUCCGCUGCACGAACCUACGCCAACAGUAAAAUUAAAAUGGGGAUUACCCUAGUCCAUCGCUCCUGGGAUAUCAAAUACAGAAUCACUUCAGGGGAUGAGGAGGGAUUCUUCAAAGCAGAGGAGUAUGUUCUGGGAGACUUCUGCUUUUUACGCAUUAGGACUAAAGGUGGGAAUUCUGCCAUCUUGAACCGGGAAAUACAGGAUAGUUACAUGCUGACUGUGAAGGCCACCGUAAAGGGAGAUGUCUUGGAAACGUGGACGAAAGUGAACAUACAGGUGCUGGACAUGAACGACCUGCGACCUUUGUUUUCGCCUACCACUUACUCUGUCACCAUUCCCGAGAGCACUCCAAUGAGGACUAGCAUUGCGCAGGUCACAGCAACUGAUGCAGACAUUGGUUCCAAUGGGGAGUUCUAUUACUUCUUUAAAGAAAAAGUGGAACUCUUCACUGUCCACCCCACCAGCGGGGUGAUCUCCCUGAGUGGCAAGUUGAACACGGACGAGCAGAGCAGGUACGACCUGGAGAUUUUGGCUGUUGACCGGGGUAUGAAACUCUACGGGAACAAUGGGGUGAGCAGCACGGCAAAGCUGUUCAUUCAUGUUGAGCGAAUAAAUGAGUAUGCACCAGUCUUAAGUGUGGUAACGCACAUUCCCUCUUCUCUGGAUAAAGAUCCGAUUUAUGCUGUGAUCACCAUUGAGGACCUGGAUGAGGGUUUAAAUGGAGAAAUAGAGUCAGUUUCCAUCGUAGCUGGAGACCCCUUGGAACAGUUUACCCUUGAUAGGUCAGCAGUUGCCAGUGAGUUUCAGAUGAAGGCAUCAGAGCCAAUAGAUUGGGAUAAUUUCCCAAAUGGCUUCAACCUUACCCUUCAGGCUAAGGACAGGGGCUCCCCUCAGAAGUUUUCAGCAGUGAGGGUAGUCCACUUGCUAGUGAAAAGGCCCCAGCCUGUGGAAGUGAAAUUUGAAAAGGAAGUUUAUGAAAUUGCGCUGAAUGAAAUUUCGCCUCCUGGCACUAUUGUAGAGGCCGUGAAAAUCUCUCCUGAACCUGACGAUGCAGAAUACAUUCUCAGUCCUACAACAGAUUCAGCAUAUUUCAAGAUAAACACCUUUACUGGGGUUAUCACAACAGCUCGCCAGUUUACCAUGGUAAGCCAGGAGGUGUUUGAGCUGGAGGUAGUUGAGGUAGACAGUGAGUUGAGGGUGAAAGUACGAGUCACCAUAGAGGAUGCAAAUGACAACACCCCUACCUUUGCUCAGCUUAAUUAUGAGGUGUUUGUCAAUGAAAGCAUUCCCAUCGGAACGAGCAUCCUCGCUGUAUCUGCAGUAGAUGAUGAUAAAGGUGAGAAUGGAUAUAUAACUUACAGUAUAGCCAGCCUCCAGUCUCUACCGUUCAAAAUAAACCAGUUUUCUGGUGUUAUAAUUACAACUAAAGAGCUUGACUUUGAAUCCUCUUCCGAGAGUUAUGUUUUCGUAGUCAGGGCGUCUGAUUGGGGUGCGCCUUACAGGCGUGAGAACGAAGUAAACGUCACGGUUCACUUGGAGAAUGUGAAUGACAACCAGCCAUUGUUUGAGAAAAUUGCUUGUCAAGGGGUGAUCUCUCGUGAUUUCCCCAUCGGCGAGGUGAUCACCACUAUGUCAGCUAUAGACAUAGAUGAGUUGGAACUGGUGAAGUAUAAGAUCCUCUCUGGAAAUGAAAGAGGCUUCUUUGAACUGAACCCUGACUCUGGGGUCCUUUCUCUAAGGAGGUCUUUGGCUACUGCUAAUCCAAAAAAUGGAGUCUUCAGUUUGAAAAUAACUGCCACAGAUGGAGAGAAUUUCUCAGACCCUAUGUUUGUUAAUGUUUCUGUUGUACAUGGAAAAACAACUUCAAAGAGCUUCAACUGCAAAGAAACCAGAGUUGCUCAAAGGUUAGCAGAAAAGCUGCUUAAAAAAGCCAAAGCUAACAGUAAGCCCAAACUUGAGGAAGGGUUUAUAGAUCUGUUUUCAGUCAAUAGACAGACCCCACAGUUUGACAAAUCCUUUCCUUCUGACAUAUCAGUACGUGAGGAUCUCAGUGUUGGCACAAGCGUCUACAAGGUAAAGGCCUAUGAUGGAGAUACAGGAUUCAAUGGUCAAAUUUUGUACGUCAUUUCAGAUGGGAACAAAGAUAGCUGUUUCAACAUUGACUUGGAAAGUGGUCUAAUAACAGUCUUUUUACCGAUGGACCGUGAGAAAGCUGAUAGGUAUUUACUCAAUAUCACUCUCUAUGAUCUGGGCCAACCACAGAAAUCCAACUGGCGGCUGUUGACCGUAUACGUGGAGGAUGCCAAUGAUAACACUCCACAGUUUUUGCAGGACAGCUACAACACUGUGAUCCCAGAAAACACUGCCAUUGGCACAGAGGUAAUUCAGGUAGAAGCUACGGACAAAGACCUGGGACCUAACGGUGAGAUUUACUACACCAUACUGACAAGCACAACUCAGUUUGGGAUAAACAGCACAAAUGGGAUUGUUUAUGUCGCCGGCCAGCUGGACAGGGAGUUCAUCUCAUCUUUCAGCCUGAAAAUUGAGGCGCGUGACAAGGCUGAGAAAGGGAGCCAGAAGUUCUCUGUCACUACGCUGAGGAUUUCUCUUGAGGAUGUCAAUGAUUGCCCCCCUACCUUCAUCCCCAGCUUCUACAAUGCUCGUGCCCUGGAGGAUUUGCCUGUUGGCACUGCCAUUGCCUGGCUGGAAACCCAGGACCCAGAUCUGGGAUUGGGUGGCCAAGUCAGAUAUUCCCUGGCAAAUGACUACAAUGGGAAGUUUGAAGUUGAUAAAGCCAGUGGAGUAAUCAGGCUGACCAAAGAGCUGGAUUAUGAGAAGCAGCAGUUCUACAACCUGACUGUGCGUGCUAAGGACAAAGGCAGGCCUGUGUCCCUGCUCUCCGUCUCCUUUGUGGAGGUGGAGGUGGUAGAUGUCAACGAGAACUUGUAUGCCCCCUAUUUUUCAGACUUUGCUCUGACUGGCUUUGUGAAGGAGAAUGCGCGGAUAGGGACCAGCGUGCUCCAGGUCAAUGCCAGAGAUGAUGACACCGGAAGAGAUGGAGACAUCCAGUACUCCAUACGUGAUGGAAGCGGGCUGGGCAGGUUCUCCAUCGAUGAAGAAACAGGUAUCAUCUACACCACAGACAUGCUGGACCGUGAGACCAAGGACUCUUACUGGCUGACAAUCUACGCCACAGACCGUGGGGUAGUACCCCUUUUCACGGCAAUCGAGAUAUACAUCCAAGUGGAGGAUGUCAACGACAAUGCGCCCUUGACCUCUGAGCCGAUCUACCACCCCUCCGUCAUGGAGAACUCACCCAAGGAUGUGUCCAUCAUCCAGAUCCAGGCUCAAGACCCGGACGCCACCACCCAUGGGGACCGCCUCUCCUUUCGGAUAUCCAGUGGCAACCCGCAGAACUUCUUUGCCAUCAACUCGAAGACUGGUCUCAUAACCACAACUUCAAGGAAACUGGAUCGUGAGCAGCAAGCUGAGCAUGUAUUAGAGGUAACGGUGAUGGAUGGAGGUCCAUCUCCCAGGCAGUCCACCGUCUGGGUGAUCAUACACGUUCUGGAUGAGAACGAUAAUAAGCCACAGUUCCCUGAGAAGGUCUACCAGAUUAAGCUCCCUGAGAGGGACCGGAAAAAGAAAGGAGAGCCCAUCUACCGGGUGUUUGCCUACGACAAGGACGAGGGCCCCAACUCCGAUCUCUCCUACAGCAUCGUGGAUGGGAACGAAGACGGCAAGUUCUUUAUCGACCCCAAGACCGCCAUGGUGUCCUCCAGGAAGCAGUUCACUGCCGGAAGUUACGACAUCCUGACUAUCAAAGCCACAGAUAACGGACGCCCCCAGAAGUCGUCCACAGCACGGCUGCACAUAGAGUGGAUACGCAAACCCGUGCCCUCAGCACUGCCCCUAGUGUUCGAUGAGCCAUACUACAAUUUCACUGUCAUGGAGCACGACAAGGUGGCAGAGAUUGUGGGCGUGGUCUCCAUGCAGCAGAGCUCCACGCCUCUAUGGUUCGACAUCACUGGUGGCAGGCCUUCCCGGGAGAUGUUCUAUAUCCUACAGGCUGCUUGUGGCAGGAAUUGUUCCACAGAAGGUGGGAACUACGACAGCAUGUUUGACAUCGAGAAAGGAGUGGGAACCAUCGUCAUAGCGAAGCCACUGGACGCAGAACAUCGGUCUUUCUACAACAUGACCGUGGAGGUGACGGAUGGGACCAACAGCGCCUCCACACAGGUCUACGUCACCGUGCUGGACAACAACGACAAUGGGCCUGUCUUCUCCCAGCCAACUUAUGACAUCACCAUCUCGGAGGACACGCCCGCAGACACAGAGGUGGUGCAAGUGCUGGCCACUGACAGAGACGAGAAGCACAAACUGAGCUAUUCCAUUCACAGCAGCAUCGACCCAGCUAGCAUGCGCACAUUCCGUAUCGAUCCCACUACCGGAACCAUCUACACCACUGAGAGGCUGGACCAUGAGGCCCGCACCCAGCAUAUCCUUACCAUCAUGGUGAAGGACCAGGAAUUCCCAUAUCGUAGGAACCUGGCACGGGUCUUGGUGGAUGUGGAGGACGCCAAUGACCACGCCCCCUACUUUACCAGCGCACUAUACGAAGGCUCAGUGUACGAGUCGGCUGCAGUGGGGACUGCUGUCCUUCAGGUCACUGCAUUAGAUAAGGACAAAGGGGAGAAUGCCGAGCUCCUGUAUGCCAUCGAAGCAGGGAACACGGGGAACACAUUCCGGAUUGAACCGGUCUUAGGUAUUAUUUCUGUUGCCCGGGAACUGGACCUCACAACUAUUGGCUAUUAUGUUAUCACUGUCAGAGUGAUAGAUAACGGCUCCCCACCCAUGGGCGCAACCACUGUGGUACGGAUCUCCGUCACCCUGUCUGACAACUCCAGCCCCAAGUUUCCUCAGAACGAAUACCAGGCGGAGGUCAACGAGAAUGUGGCAGAAGGCACCUCUGUCACCAUGAUCAGUGCCAUGAGUCAGUCCACCCUGAUCUAUGACAUUAAGCAGGGGAACGGGGAAAGAACCUUCAAAAUUAACCAGUACUCAGGGGUCAUCACAACCCAGAAACCUCUAGACUAUGAAGUGACCACCUCAUAUAUCCUUAUCAUACAAGCUUCCAAUAUGGCAGGAAUGGCUUCAAAUGUGACUGUUAAUAUUCAGGUUGUAGAUGAGAAUGACAAUCCCCCAGUAUUUCAGCAACUGCAGUACACUGGAAGUAUUAGUGAGGCCGCUCCGAUCAACAGUGUGGUGCUGAGCACCACCAACAACCCCUUGGUAAUAAAAGCGACUGAUGCUGACAGGAACCAGAACGCUCUCCUAGUAUAUCAGAUUGUGGAGGACACAGCCAAGAUGUUUUUCACUGUGGACUCAAGUUCAGGAUCUAUAAGAACCAUUGCAAACUUAGACCAUGAAACAUUUGCCAAAUUCAAUUUCCAUGUGCAUGUGAGAGACAGUGGCAAACCACAGCUGACAGCUGAAAGCCCCACCGAAGUCACAAUCCAGGUCAUUGACACUAAUGACUCCCCGCCAAGAUUUUCCAUGGAUGCUUAUGAAACCGUUCUGCUUCUUCCCACGUAUGUUGGAGUGGAGGUUCUGAAAGUCUCUGCCACUGAUCCAGACCUCAAUGUACCAACUGAACUGACCUACACAUUGAUAGAUGGAAAUCUGGAGCACUUCACCAUGGAACCUACCACCGGCAUACUCACUGUGAAGAACAACAACUUCUCCAAGGACCGCUUUCGUUUUAACGUGAAGGUCUCUGAUGGGAAGUUUUCCAGCACAGCUUUGAUAACUGUAUUAGUCAAGGAGGCUAUGGAUAGUGGGCUCGUAUUCACACACAACCUGUACUCAACAUCUAUACAGGAGAAUGUCACCAACAUCACUAAAGUAGCAGUAGUCAAUGCUGUAGGCAACCGCCUCAAUGAGCCCCUCAGGUACAGCCUGCUGAAUGCGGGGACAAGGUUCAAGAUGAAACCGACCUCAGGUGUAAUCCAAACUACAGGAAUCCCCUUUGACAGAGAGGAGCAGGAGUUUUAUGAGCUUGUGGUGGAGGCAAGUCGGGAAUAUGACCACUUGCGUGUUGCCAGAGUAAUGGUGAAGGUCCAGGUGGAGGACAUCAAUGACAAUGCCCCUGUGUUUGUUGGUCUCCCUUAUUACGCAGCUGUGCAAGUUGAGGCUGAGCCUGGGUCCCCAAUAUUUAGGGUCACAGCUGUGGACCGGGACAAGGGGAUCAACGGGGAGGUGUCCUACUUUUUAAAGGAUGACCAUGGCCACUUCGAAAUUAACAGGCUCACAGGUGACCUUCAUCUGAAAAAAGCCUUUGAGUCUGACUUAUCCAAUGUGGAGUACGAGGUGGUUGUUUAUGCCAGAGAUGGGGGAUAUCCACCCCUUUCUACCACAGUAGAGUUUCCCAUUACUGUUGUGAACAAAGCUAUGCCUGUUUUUGACAAGUCCUUCUAUGCUGUGUCAGUUAAUGAGGAUGUAGCUGUCCACACCCCUAUUUUGGGAAUAAAUGCUACAAGUCCUGAGGGCCAAAAUAUUAUAUACACUAUUGUAGAUGGUGACCCAUCACUGCAGUUUAACAUUGGAUUUGACACAGGAGUGAUAAGUGUCAUUAAUUCUUUAGACUAUGAAAUUAGCCCUUCAUAUAGACUUAUCAUCAGGGCAACAGACUAUCUUACGGGGGCAAGAGCAGAGGUAGAUGUGGACAUUAUCAUUCUGGAUGUGAACGACAAUGCCCCGGUGUUUGAAAAAACCUCCUACAAAGCUAUUCUUUCCGAGACCUCAAUGAUUGGGACCCCAGCCCUUCAGGUAGUGGCAACAGACAUGGACUCAGAAAAGAACAAUGUAAUACGCUAUCAAAUUUUCUCCAAUGUAUACAACAGCACGGACUAUUUCCACAUUGACAGCAGCAGUGGGCUCAUUCUGACAGCACGCAUGCUCGACCAUGAGCUGAUACAAUUGUACAGCUUCAUUGUCAGGGCAACAGAUAAUGGGUUUCCUCCCUUGAGCAGCGAGGUUGCUGUCAUGGUCAUUGUGAAUGAUAUGAAUGACAACCCUCCUGUGUUCAACCAGCUGUUGUACGAGGCGUACGUUAGCGAACUUGCACCAAAGGGCCACUUUGUAACCUGUGUCCAGGCCUCUGAUGCAGACAGCUCUGACUUUGACAAGCUGGAGUACAGUAUUCUGUCAGGGAAUGAGAGGAUGAACUUUGCCAUGGACAGUAGCACAGGGAUCAUUACCUUGUCCAGUCAUCGAAAGCAGAGGUUGGAGCCUGUGUACAGUCUCAAUGUUUCUGUGUCAGAUGGGGUCUUCACCAGCACUGCCCAGGUACAUAUCAGAGUCCUUGGUGCUAACCUUUACAGCCCUGUCUUUAUCCAGAAUGUCUAUGUGGCAGAGCUGCGGGAGAAUGCUGCUGUAGGCUCCAAAGUGGUCCAGGUAAAGGCUACUGAUAUGGAUUCUGGACCAUUUGGCCAGUUAGCAUACUCCUUCAUCAAUGAUGUGGGAAAGGAUCAGUUCAGCAUUGAUGCCAAUGGCCAGAUCUCAACCUUGGAGAAGUUGGACAGGGAAAACCCAGAAAAUAAGGAUAUUGUCCUGACAGUGAUGGCUCUGGAUGGGGGUGGCAGAGCCUCGUAUUGUACAGUCAGGGUGAUUUUGGUGGACGAGAAUGAUAAUGCACCUCGCUUCAGAGCAGUAGAGUACAGGGCAAGUGUAAAAUCAGAUGUAGGCAAGGGGUACUUAGUCACUCAGAUCCAGGCCUACGAUCCAGACGAUGGUGCCAAUGCUAAGGUGUCCUACUCACUUUACAGCGAAGCCCAUGUCCCUGUGGUGGACAUCCUGGAGAUAGAUCCAGACAAUGGAUGGAUGGUCACCAAAGGUAGCUUCAGCCAUCUAAAGAGCUCCAUACUGUCCUUUUUUGUGAAAGCUGUUGAUGGAGGGAUUCCCAUGAAGCAUUCUCUGGUGUCGGUGUACAUCCAUGUCCUGAACCCAGAGAAUCUCAUUCCCUCCUUCACCCAGCCUCAGUAUUCUUUCACUGUCCCUGAAGACACCCCCAUAGGUGCAGCCCUUGGCUCCGUUUACCUGGUAUCUGGCCACUCUGCCAUUUUUAGCAUCAUCAGUGGAGAGACAGGAGAGAACAAUCAGGAUGCCAUGUUCAUUGUGGAGAAGGAGACGGGUGUCAUCAAGCUGGACAAGCCCCUGGACCAUGAGGUCAUCGACACCUUCCACUUCAAAGUCUCCGCCACAAUGCAGCAGGCACGCAUAGACUCUGUGUCCACUGUGGACGUGGAGGUGAAGGUCCUAGAUUUGAAUGACAACAAGCCAGCUUUUGAAUCCACUUCCUACGAGGCAACAGUAAUGGAGGGGAUGCCUGUUGGAACAAGAAUAAUACAGGUGCGAGCACUGGACCCAGACUGGGGUGCCAACGGACAGGUCACAUAUAGCAUUGCCUCCCCUCCGAAUGUGGAAAUGGACUGGACUGCUGACACCUUCACCAUUGACAGUAACACAGGCUGGAUCUCCACACUCAAAGAUUUGGACUAUGAGACGUCCCCAUCCUACACCUUUGCCGUUGUGGCGUCUGACCUGGGAGAGACUGUCUCCCUGUCCUCCAGCACCACUGUGUCCGUCAUCGUCACCGACAUUAACGACAACCCACCCAACUUUGUGGAGGAUUACUACAGGGGGGCUGUGAGGGAGAGCGACCCCCCAGGUGAGGUGGUGGCAGUGCUGAACACACAAGAUGAUGACAGUUCUGACAUCAAUCGUCAAGUCAGCUACCACAUCACAGGAGGGAACCCAAGAGGAGUGUUUGCUCUGGGACUGGUCCAGGGCGAAUGGAAGAUGUAUGUGAAGAGGCCGCUGGACAGGGAGGAGCAGGACCUGUACCUGCUCAACAUAACGGCCAGCGACGGGCUCUUCGUCACUCGGGCGCUGGUGGAGGUCACCGUGAAGGACACCAACGACAACAGCCCCAUAUGCGACCAGGCACUCUAUACAGCUUCAUUCCUUGAAGAUGUUCCCACAAAUAAAGUCAUUCUGACGGUGGGGGCGACGGACGCAGAUGUGGGGUCCAGCGCAGCCAUCCAGUACUCCCUGUUCGGCCCUGGAGCCGAGGACUUCUACAUGGAUGCGGACACGGGCGAGCUGAAGACAGCUUCAGUUCUGGACCGCGAGAAGACCCCCAGGUACAGGCUGGUCGCCCAGGCGACGGACGGAGGGGGGCUGUUCUGCCGCGCAGAAAUUGCUCUGAACCUCCUGGACGUAAACGACAACCCUCCGGCUUUCUCCGCCCCCUACUACACAGCCAGCGUGUAUGAGAACACAGGAACCAAGGCCCUCCUGACCCGCCUCCAAGCAAACGACCCAGAUGAAGGUAUCAACCGCAAGGUGGUCUACUCCCUGGUGGACUCAGCCGACGGAUUCUUCUCCAUUGACAAAUCGUCGGGCAUCGUGGUCCUGGAGAAGCUCCUGGACCGGGAGCUGCAGUCCUUCUACAACAUCACGGUGCAGGCCUCAGACCAGGGCGUGGGCGUCAAGCUCUUCUCACAGGUCAACGUGACCAUCACCGUGCUGGACAUCAACGACAACCCGCCGGUGUUCGAGCGCCGCGACUACCUGGCCACGGUGCCCGAGGACGUGUCCCUGGGGAUGGAGGUGCUGCGCGUGUAUGCCGCCAGCAAGGACAUCGGCACCAACGCCGAGAUCUCCUACAGCAUCCGCUCGGGGAACGAGCGCGGAAAGUUUCAGAUCGACACGGCCACGGGCACCAUCACAGUCUCCAAGGCGCUGGACUUUGAGACUUGCAAGGACUAUUUUCUGACUGUGGAGGCCAGGGAUGGGGGGACCCCACCCCUCAGCGCUGUGACAACGGUGAACAUCAACCUGACCGACGUCAAUGACAACGCUCCCAUAUUCAGCCGAGACGUCUACACCUCCAUCAUCAGCGAGGACGCCACCAUCGGGGAGUCUGUUGUGCAGUUGACAGCGGAGGACGUGGACAGUCAAGUGAACGGACAGAUCCUCUACUCCAUUGUGAGCGGCGACCGUGAGAACCAGUUCUUCAUUGAUCCAAUCACAGGCCUAAUGAAGGUCAAUAAAGAGCUGGACCGAGAGACGGUGUCCACCUACUCCCUGGCUGUCAGGGCACUGGACAGCGGCUCGCCCGCCAUGUCAUCCACAGUGAUGGUCAACAUCGAUAUCUCGGACAUCAACGACAACCCGCCCUCCUUCACCCCGUCCAAUUACACUACCGUCAUUCAGGAAAACAAGCCCGUGGGCACAAGCAUCCUACAGCUGUCAGUCACAGACAAAGACUCCUCCCACAAUGGCCCCCCCUUUGAGUUCCACAUCCUGUCUGGGAACGAGGGCAGCGAGUUCACUCUGGACCAGACUGGCCUGCUCCAGUCUAACCAGGUCUUCAGGCAGGACAUGGCCACGGAGUAUGUUGUACAGAUUCAGGCCCGGGACUCGGGGAAGCCACGGCUGGCCUCGACGACCUUCGUGCUGGUGCGCGUCAUCGAGGAGAGCCUCCACAAGCCGGUGGCCGUGCCCCUGGAGAUCCACAUCGUCACCAUGGAGGACGAGUUCCCGGGCGGCGUCAUCGGGAAGAUCCACGCCACGGACCAGGACGCCUACGACGUGCUGACCUUCAGCCACAAGUACCAGCAGAAGAGCCUGUUCAAGAUCAGCCGGCAGGACGGCAAGAUCAUCGCGCUCGGCGGCCUGGACACGGGCAGGUACCAGCUGAACGUGACGGUGAGCGACGGGCGCUUCUCGGUGGCCGUGGACGUGGCGGUGCACGUGGAGCAGGCCACCGCCGAGAUGCUCCAGAACGCCGUGACCGUGCGCUUCGAGAGCGUCGCCCCCGAGGACUUCGUCAGCCUCCACCUGCGCGACUUCAAGCGUGCGCUGCGCGCCGUGGUGGCCCCCCAGAAGCAGGACGCGCUGCACGUGCUCAGCAUCCAGCCCGUGCCCGGGACGUCCCAGCUGGACAUGCUGUUCGCGGUGCAGACCACGGGAGGGGGCUUCUACAAGGCGGCCUACCUCACCCAGAAGCUGAGCACGUCCAGGAGGCACCUGGAGAGCGUCCUGCGCAUCUCGGCCAUCCUGGAUAAGAACUGCUCGGGCCUGGACUGCCAGGAGAAGCUGUGUGAGCAGACCAUCGUGCUGGACUCCCACGCGCUGCUCACCUACAGCACCCCCAGAAUCAGUUUCGUCUCUCCGCGCUUCCAUAGAAACACGCGCUGCACCUGCAAUGGUGCCAACUGCCCGAGCUCCUCGGAGCUCUGCGAAGACCAGCCCUGCCCAGGGGACAUGCAGUGUGUGGGCACAGGGGGCGCUAGAGGGCCCUACGCCUGCCAGUGCCCCCCAGGCAAGCUGGGGGAGUGUGCGGGUCACACCUCUCUCAGCUUCGCGGGGAACAGCUACAUUAAGUACAGGGUGUCUGACAGCAGCCACACCGGCGAGAUGAAGCUGGGACUGAGAAUCAGGACCCUGCAGAGCCGGGGAAUCAUUAUGUACACGCGCGCUGACCCCUGCACCAUCCUGAAGAUUGAGGAGGGCAAGCUGUGGUUCCAGCUGGACUGUGGCAACAGCCCAGGAAUUCUGGGAAUUUCUGGGAGGCCCAUCAACGAUGGCAACUGGCACAGUGUGUCCUUGGAGCUGAAUCGGAACUACACCAGCCUGUCGCUGGACGACAGCUACGUGGAGCGCCGGCGGGCCCCCCUCCACUUCCAGCCCCUGGGGCCCGACGGCUCCAUCUACUUCGGCGCACAGGUCCAGCCGCCCAACUCGCGCAGCCUGACGGACAAGAAGGGCCCGCGGGUGCUGGACGGCUUCCAGGGGUGCCUGGACUCGGUGGUUCUGAACAACAACGAGCUGCCCCUGCAGAACAAGCGCAGCCGCUACGCCGAGGUGGUGGGCCUGACGGAGCUGAAGCUGGGCUGCGUGCUCUACCCCGACGCCUGCGAGAAGGCGCCCUGCCUCAACGGCGGCAGCUGUGCAAGCCUGCCAUCCGGUGGUUUUGAGUGCAGUUGUACCUCCCAGUUCACCGGGGGGCGCUGUGAGACAGAGAUCACAGCCUGUGUUCCCAACCCCUGUCAAAAUGGAGGGAUCUGCAAACCCAUUGGCAACGCUUUCCUCUGCAGCUGCCGGAGGGGAUUCUCUGGCCUCACGUGCGGGGAGGACGUGAACGAGUGCGAGCGAGAGGAGUGCGAGAACGGAGGAGUGUGCGUGAACACCUUCGGGGCGUUCUACUGCAACUGCACGGCGGGCUACGUGGGCCAGCACUGCGGCCUGCGGCCGGUGGUGGUGCCCAACAUGCAGGCCGGGCACUCCUACGUGGGCAAGGAGGAGCUGAUCGGCAUCGCCGUGGUGCUGUUCGUCAUCUUCGUCCUCAUCGUCCUCUUCAUCGCCUUCCGCAAGAAGGUCUUUCACAAGAACUACUCCCGAAACAACAUCACCCUGGUGCAGGACCCGGCCACAGCCGCGCUGCUCAACAAGGCCAACGGGAUCCAGUUCAAGACCCUGCGGAGCGGCGGGGACCACUGCAACCUGUACGCCGAGGCGGGGGGCCCGCCGCAGGUGCCCGUCCGCCCCAUGGCCUACACGCCCUGCUUCCAGAGCGACUCGCGCAGCAACCUGGACAAGAUGGUGGACGGGCUGGGGGUGGAGCACACCGAGAUGACCACCUUCCACCCGGAGUCCCCGCGCAUCCUGACCACCCGCCGGGGCGUGGUCGUCUGCAGCGUGGCCCCCAACCUGCCGCCCGUCUCCCCCUGCCGGUCCGACUGCGACUCCAUCCGCAAGAGCCCCUGGGACAGCGAUGAGGGUAAAGUUGUGGAUAUGGUGGAGGAGGUCACAUGUUUCUCAGGCAGCAACAAGGGCAGCAAUUCUGAGGUGCAGUCGCUCAGCUCCUUCCAGUCCGACUCCUGCGAUGACAACGCCUCCAUAGUGACCGUCAUUCGACUGGUCAAUGAUGCAGUCGACACAAUUGAAAAUGAAGUGUCAGUCCUGGACCAAGGGCAGAGCUACAACAGAGCGUAUCACUGGGACACAUCCGACUGGAUGCCCAGCUCGCGGCUGCCGGACAUUGAGGAGGUGCCCAGCUACGAGGCCGGGGACAACUCGUCCGCCCGCCUAGGGGGCAGCGCUCGGGAGCUGGAGACAGACUACUACCUGGGCGGGUACGACAUCGACAGCGACUUCCCCCCGCCCCAAGAGGAAGAGUUCCUGAGCCAGGACCAGCUGCCCCCGCCCCUCCCUGAAGAGUACCAGGAGCACUACGAAACCCUGCCCGCCACUCAGCCCGUCUCCGUGGAGAGCACCCUGAGUGGCGGUAGCCGGGCCCGCCCUCACUUCCACCCCAGCCAGUACCUGCCCCCGCACCAGUUCCCGGGGGAUGGUCAGUGCGGGGGGGAGGAGUUCAGCACUUUUGUCUUGGGCCCCGGGAACGACCUGGAGGCGGAGAACCUGGACAGCGUGUCGCUGACCAUGCGCCUGUCCGCCAACGCCUCCUCCUCCGACGUGUCUGCCAACUGCGGCUUCGACGACUCGGAGGCGGGCACCAGCGACUUCGAGAGCGUGGACGAGCUUCGGUUCGAGGGCUCCCACCCCCCGUUCGUGGAGACCCAGCAGCAGACUCAGGUCUGAGCCCCAUUGAGGGAGGGAGACGGAAAGGAGAGUGAGUCACAGGAAUGGGACUCUCGUGGGGGCGCUGUGAACUGAAUCGAACUGAAGAAAUUGCCAGUAAGGCACUCGGACAGGAACUACAGAGUGCCGCUCUCUGAAUGGGCACAGUUUUUGAUUAAAACCUGCUAAAUCACUGCCUGGUGAUAGCAAGCCUGUUGUGAUUACGCAGUCACAGAGAGCACACCCCGAUUCCGGCUUUUAUUAUUCACAAAUAUUUUUUUGACAAUUGAUUUCUUUUGUAAAGCCUCCUCUAUCACUUUUCCCACAUGUGCACUCACGCAUGUGCACACACACACACAUACACGCACAGGCACACAGAGUAAAUGGACAGGUCCACAAUCAAUCAGAAUUAGAGGUUAACCAAACUCAGCUCAAAGCAGUGCCAUUGUCAGUUCACAGCUCUCAUGAAGCAUCUUGUUUUUUUAUGUGCACUCAUCUAUCAGGUCUGUUGGUUGGCUAACCGUAACCUUGCAAGUCAGAUAUAAUGCUGCUUUCAAAACUGAAAUUAAAAAAUUAAAAGGGAAAAUAGAAAUUUGGCUUCAUGAAUAUGUCUUAUAUAGCAAUGCUCAUAAUAGUGUUCAUGGCUCAGCGGAACCAGAGAAACGGGAAGAAGAGUGUUAAGCACAGUUUUUGGACGCUCGGUCGUUGGACACAGUGUCGGAAGGGCCACUCUUUCCUUUACGGUCCGAGUGGACAAAAAAUAGAUUUUUUGCUCAUGAAGCAACCUUCUUUUUGCUUUUUGUAUGGGACUUAAAAGUUUAAGUCCCAUACUGUCCAACACAGACCCAUUUAAAUGUUUUUUUAAGAAUGCCAAUAAUUUUUUUGCACUAAUAUUUAUGUUGCCUUCAUGAUUCGGUUAUAAAGUAGCAAUAUAUAAGACCCUCCAUAAGGUAUUUUAGAGGGGUGUGACUUGUUUAAAAGCAGAGAAAGUUUCUGUGUUACAGAAAAGUUUGCUUUAAUAUGAGGUGUACAGCAGUAAUGUACUGUUCUUCCUAUCUAAAAUCCAUACACACACUGUCCAUUUUUACUGUUAACACAUCUUGUUUUAUUGAAGAUGGAGGAGCCUGUGUCAAGGGGAAUUUAUAGGGCCAAGCCAGCAAUGUUUUUUUUUUCAUAAAAAUUUUGGACUUCAAAUGGGUGUUCCCAAAAGUGUCCCAAGCGUUAGGCAUUCCAUAGCCCCUCUCCGUCCCUUCAGUUCCCACGGGAGAUUUCAGAGGGUUGUGCAUUUGUUCCAGCACCAGAAAGUGGGCUGUAGGGUCUAAACACAGCCUCUCCAGAACAUGAAACAGGUGUAGACCAGCACAUUUCCCUGUAUUGGUAGUGCCAGGGGAGAUCCACCAGCAAGGUCCAACUUCAGAGUAUUUUGCCAUGUUAAGAAAAGUCCCUCUGAAAAAUAUUUGGCUUUUCAGGUGCUGGGUGUAUUACUACAAGUUUAACACAUUUUUUUGUACAUUUAUGUUUUUUUUUCUUGUCUGUUUGGGGGGGGGGGGGGUUUGGGAUUUUUGCACUGAAUAUGAUUUCAAAGUCAAGCCAGUAUUUUUAAAGCCAUAACAAACAAGGCCACCAGGGCAAAAGGAUGUGGAAUGCAACGUGUAUAGCUCGUUUUGGGAAAAUGUAGCAAGCCCAACAAAACACAUUCACAAGCAGUGCUGAAUUCUCUGUCAUCGGCUGAAACAGGGAGGGGGUGGGGGGGUACAAUAAAAUAAUGAACAUGUCUCGCAUUUGAUUCAAAUCAUUGUCUUGUAAUAUAAUAUGCCUGAUGUUAUCAGGCAGUUUUGUAAAAGAUGUAAGUUUGUGUUGAAAUCUUUGUAAAAAGUGUACAUAGCUAGGUUGUUAAAAUGCAAGAUUUUGUAGAUAUUUAAUUCCGAUCCUGACUGCCUUUUGAUUUCCUUGGUGUUUAUUGUGAAUGUUGACUGUAAAAAGGCAAGUAUGAAUCAAGAAUAAUUUAACCACAUUUUCAUUCAUUUUUCUCUUCAUUUAGUUUUAUUUCUUUUUUAUUAACAUAUGCUUUAAAACUUAAAUAUCCUCCUGUAGAAUAGACUGAUUUUUGCACAUUGUGAAAUGCACAGGGACUCAAAAGAUCUGAUUGGUUGUUAAUUUUUAAUGCCAUACCUAACAUUUCUCAAGAAUCUAGAAAAAAGGGAAAACUCUUGUCAUGUCGUGCUCUUUGUUGUCCGAAAAGCUGUUGGCUGGACUUUGGUUCACUCUAUUCCCAGCCAACAUUUUAGGCAGUAUUAAACUAUGUCUAACCUUACUGCAGCAACUCAGUGUACAGAUCGAUUUCUUUUUUUAACUGCUGUUCUGUUUUAUAAAUCAAUGCGGGAAAUAAAAGAUGUUGAUCAAAUGAUGA